AUGGAGGACAAGCCGUGCUAUCCAUGUGAACAGGAAGUUAUUGAGAAGAACCCGCCCUGUCCUUUGCAGUGUAUGUCCCCUAAAUGCAAGGCAUAUCAGAGAACGGCUCCCAUAGACUCAAAUAAAACUCCCAUUGUGUGGGUAUUGGGAGGCCCUGGGUCUGGCGCGGACAUUCAGUGUCAGAUGAUCACCGCCAAGUAUGGUUUUAUUCCGCUGUCAACCGGCGACCUUCUCCGCGCGGAGGCGAAAAGUGGCUCCGAUAGGGCCAAGUGCUUAGCUACUAUAAUGGAACGUCGAGAAUUAGUACCAAACGACGUGGUAGUAGACUUGCUAAACAAAACAAUGCUGGCGAUGGCUGGUGAAGCUAAAGGAUUUCUCAUUAACAAUUUCCCACGGGAAAAGGCACAGGGUAUUUUCUUCGAGAAGAAAAUCACACCAGUUACUGUAAUAAUCUACCUUGAAGUAUCACCAGAAAAUCUUGCCAAAUUGAUUCCUACUGAUGCCAAGAGCACUAUAGACCCACAACUCAAGACAUUCCUGGAAAAUAAUGAACAGAUCCUCGAGCACUGGCCGAACAAAAUCAAACGGAUAAGCGCUGAAGGCACAGCGGACGCCAUUUUCAGUCAAGUGUCGCAAUUUAUUAACCCUCUAAUCGCC